CCGCUUCACGGCCCCCCGCCUUCCAGAACCUUCCUUUCCCGAAAUAGCCAUCCCUACCCACACCGUCCCCGAGCCACAUCUAGCAUGCCGCCGCCACCCCACGCGCGCUCGUGACCACCGCCGCCCGCUGCUGCGCUCGGGGCGCCAAGAAAAGAUCCCCUUGGUGGCGACCGCAAGGCUCCCCGGCGCCUUUGAUUUCCCCCUGGCGCGUGGUGCUUUGGUCCCCAGUUUGUCGGCUCGGCUGCCUUUCUAGUUUCUACAUGUGCUUGCAGGGUGGGGAAGAAGAUGGUGAGGUGUUCUUGCCAGGAUAACACCUUAUCCUGUUCCCCAUCCCCGUGCUAGAUCGAUGCGCUCCCGCGCGCGUGGGUGUAUGUGUGUUUGGCACAUUAGUUGCAGCUGCUUGUUACUGUGCUCGGCUUAGAAGGGGGCUUACAGACACUGUGACAAACUAUCCAUUCCAUUCCGGAGUCAGAGUAGAGAUUCUAGUGUUGUUUCUUGGCUGGGAGGGUAGGAUUUGGCCUUGGACCCAAUGCUGAACCCGGUGAAGGAGGAGAGCCAUGGGGAUGGUGGUUUGGUGCCCGGUGCGGCCGCUGGGGAUGGACCGUCCACUGCUGCGGCCGCGGCGCCGAGGCCGAUGGAGGGGCUGCACGACGCCGGGCCGCCACCGUUCCUGACCAAGACCUACGACAUGGUCGAUGACCCGGCCACCGACCCGAUUGUGUCGUGGAGCGGCACCAACAACAGCUUCGUGGUGUGGGAUCCGCACGCCUUCGCCACCGUGCUGCUGCCCAGGCACUUCAAGCACAACAACUUCUCCAGCUUUGUCAGGCAGCUCAACACCUAUGGUUUCAGGAAGGUGGAUCCUGAUCGGUGGGAAUUUGCAAAUGAGGGUUUUUUACGGGGACAGAGGCACCUCCUGAAGAACAUCAGGCGUCGAAAACCUCCUGCUCAGAAUGCCUCAAACCAACAGUCUCUUGGGCCAUAUCUUGAGGUGGGGCACUUUGGAUAUGAUGCAGAGAUUGACCAGCUGAAGAGAGACAAGCAACUAUUGAUGGCAGAAGUGUUGAAGCUAAGGCAGGAGCAGCAGAACACAAAGGCAAAUCUCAAGGCUAUGGAGGAUAGGCUGCAAGGCACUGAGCAAAAGCAACAGCAGAUGAUGGCAUUCUUGGCACGUGUCAUGCGGAACCCUGAAUUCUUAAAGCACCUGGUUUCCCAGAAUGAGAUGAGAAAGGAGCUCCAAGAUGCUAUUUCAAAGAAAAGAAGACGCCGCAUUGAUCAGGGACCUGAGGUUGAUGAAUUGGGGGCUGGUAGCAGCCUAGAGCAAGGUUCACCAGUGCUAUUUAACCCCCAGGAGUCGGUCGAAUUCCUCGUUGAUGGGAUCCCAACUGAUCUUGAGAGUCCAGCUUUCGAUGGCCAAGGCCUGGCUGAGCCACAGGAUAUUGAUCUUGGUACCUCUGAGCAGCAGCCUGACAUGCCCCAGGAGGACUUGACUGACAACUUCUGGGAGCAAUUGCUGAAUGAAGGACUUGGUGAGGAGAAUGACAACCCUGUUAUCGAGGAUGAUAUGAAUGUGCUGUCCGAGAAGAUGGGCUAUCUCAACUCAGAUGGCCCGACGUCCAGGGAAUAGUUUUUGUUUCAUUGCAUCACAUUGCCAUCACCUUUUGUCAUUUUCAUCGUAUCACAAUCUGCAGCUUUCUGAGUUAUACUGUGAUAGCAAGAUGGCAAUUGUUCGUGGCUUGGGGUUUCUAUGCCUGCUGAACUCCUUGUCAAGGGAGAGCUUACUUCCAUGAAAAGCACCAUAGAACGCCAAGUUCAUCUGAUCUGAUUGACUCUGGUGAUUGCUGAUUGCCACCGGCAUUGCUCUGUUUUUUUUAGACAACAAGUGAUCUGUUGGUUGCUUACAGCUUUUUGUCUAUCAGAAUGUGCAACGAGUAAUGCUGUUGAUCCCUGCAUGUUCUGGUACUCUGGUAGGUGGUGAUGUGCUGAUUGUCUUUUGUUUAUGCAGUAGCAUACUUUGUUCUGUCGAUAUUCUGAUGUUACUUAAAAGGUGUAGACUUGUAAAUGGACUCACAAUAUCUCACUAUAACAGCAGCUUUGCUAGGUGCAAUCCUAAUUUCUCCGGUGUCAUCAUUGACUUCCAGUAAUACAUUCCGUUUGCUUAUGUAA